GAGCCGGCUCCUAGAUUAAAACUUCCCUACACCCAAUCAAUCAAACCUACCUCAACCUCUCCCUGCCAUUCUCAAAACCUCAAAAACCUUAGCUUCUCGCGACUGCUCAACCUGCUGCAUUACAUCGUCUCCCUCUGCACUUAAUUACAGGAACAUUGUCCACGCUCCUUGCUCCUGACCUUUUAUCACAACUACUUAACAAGUCAGGCCUCUGUCCUUGAUCCUGAUCAGAUCCUCUUUCCGCAAUAAGCAUCUUUCAUUCCUACAACACCACCUACCUAAAUAAAUCUCCAAAUAAAAUCUGUUUGCGAUGGCCGCUUCUUUGAACAAGAGCACUCUCUCCAUGUCAUCGGCUGGUUCCGACGAUCGAUCUUCUGCCCCGGCCCCCAUUCCUGCCAACAUGCUCAGGAGGCACCCGGCAUCCCUGAUUCCUCGUCACAUGCACGACCCGGUUCUCCUUGGAUUGCUAAAGGCACCAGUGAAUGAUGACCUUAUCGAAUACGUCGCCGAGAGAACUUUGGCUGUAGUUGCAACCCCCAACGAUCCUGUUCAAUUGCCUACGCCCCCUAGUACUCCAGUCAAAGCCUCAUUUCGCCUGCCUAUAUCUCGCACCUCCCGACAAUCCCUCUCCCCCGAUUCACUUGGAAAGAGCUCUCUUACCGUACCAGACGCUUCAAAUGGCUCACAAGUCCCUUCCUUAACCACUUUCAUUAAGCUUACUGCCUCGCAAUCCAACGCUCAAGCCCCGACGUUGCUUGUGACGCUUGUCUACCUCGAUCGCCUGCGCAGAAGACUGAAAGGCGCCAAAGCCGCUAAGGGUAUGCAAUGCACAUAUCAUCGACUAUUCCUCGCAUGUCUCAUCGCGGCGGCAAAGUAUUGCAACGACUGCUGCCCCCGCAAUAUUCAUUGGGUCAAAUGGAGUGGUCUCUUCACCCUGAGUGAAGUGAAUUUGAUGGAACAAGAACUACUGAUGCUCCUCGACUACGAAUUGCGAGUUGAGGAAGACUACCUUCUGGCCAUGUGUGCUCCGUUCCUCCCUACACCAUCAAGUCAGAAGCCCAGCUUGAUGGACCGUCAGGCCCCAUCACUCACUUCGUGCAUAACUACCCGCACCACUUCGGCCGACAGUGAGGAAGCCCCAUCGACACCUCUCUGCAGUCCGAUCGUCAUUCGGUUGGAUACCAGACAUGUCGCGUCACCCGAUUCUGACAGCCCUCAUAAUAAGAAGAUCAGAAUCUCCGAGGUAGCUUCGAACUCGACCAGUACAGUCAUCAAGAGGGCAAAGUCGUGGUACGGCAACCUCCGGGCCUCAACUAAUUUUUAGUGGCGACUUUUCUCUGAUGUGUAUAUAUCUACCUCCUUUUGGGUAACUGAGGACCUCUUUUUAUCGUUCAUGUAACACCAUAGCCUAUGUUCAUGGUCUUGCAGCAAGCACUCUAUCACCAUUUCUCACUCUCAUCACGCAAUUCGGCUUUCAUCCAUAAUGUAUCUCGGGCACCACAGCCUCUUUCCGACCAUUUCGUCAUCUGCCUCACGAUUUUUCAGUCUAUCUUGUAGCAUCUAUUCAGCUUGAUUAUCACUGGCUGAGAAAAUAGUUCAUAUCGCGUGUGAUUUUGCAAAUCCUUGAUAUUUUGUAAAUACGUUUAGUGUACUUAUCUCUCAUUCACUCUACGACUUCCUCAUUUGGCCUCAGAAUCUUUUAUGCAAUCUGUUUUUCGCAACCUUUUCUUAUGUUCGAUGUGGCCUUUGAUAAAAUGGUAACCCUCUGUAGCAAGAUCAAUAGCGUAUGAACU